GUUUGUUUGUUUAUUUAUUUAUAUUUUUUUGCAAAACCAAAGAAAGAACAAAAAUUUGAAAUAAGAAAAUUGAAAUUAAAAUUGGGGGGCCGUGGGGGGUUUAAGCCACUGAAAUAGCCGCAUAAACCCCUCUUCAGCACGCUGCGGAAAAAUCAACCAACAAACUGUUCUCUCUCUCUCUCUCUCUACCUGAGAACGAUGCUGUGUCGCAUUUUUGCUGCAAAAGAGCUUCCUUUGCUCUUCCAAACCACGAAAGUUAAGCCGUUUGAUUAUUGGGUUCCUCCAUUUCAAGCCCAUUUCUCUACUACUCACAUUGUUGGCGACAAACCAGUUCUUGUUCGUGAUUUCAUCCAUUCUCAGUUGUAUGAUCCCCAACAUGGGUAUUUCUCGCAAAGAUCAGGGUCUGUUGGUGUGCUUGAGAAAAGCAUUAAAUUCAACCAGCUUGAAGGGAGGAAAGCUUAUAUGAAACACCUCAAUAAAAUUUACAAAGACAGCUCUGUGUCAUGGUUUACUCCAGUGGAACUCUUUAAGCCAUGGUAUGCCCAUGGGAUUGCUGGAGCAAUAUUGCGAACUGCUAAUCUGUCAGUUCCACUGAAAAUUUAUGAAAUUGGUGGUGGAUCAGGAACCUGUGCAAAGGGCAUAAUGGAUUAUUUAAAGUUGAAUGCUCCUGCUAGGGUUUACAACAAUAUGACUUACACCUCAGUAGAAAUUAGUCCCUCACUUGCCAAGAUACAAAGAGAAACUGUUGGAGAAGUUGAUAGUCACUCAUCAAAGUUUAAAGUUGAAUGUCGUGAUGCUGCUGACAGGAGUGGAUGGGGGGAAGUUGAACAACAACCAUGUUGGGUAAUCAUGCUUGAGGUGCUUGAUAAUCUUCCUCAUGAUCUUAUCUACUCAAAAGAUCAAAAUUCCCCAUGGAUGGAAGUAUGGGUAGAAAAGCAACAUGAUAGUAGAGAGACUCUUUGUGAGGUGUAUAAGCCAUUGCAAGACACACUGAUUAAGCAGUGUAUUGAGAUCAUGGACUUGGACAAAAGUCAAGCUACUCGAAGCAGUGCAAUUUCAAAAGCAAAAAGCGUUUGGUCUAAAAUCUUUCCAAAACCUCAGAGAAGUUGGCUGCCAACUGGUUGCCUGCAACUACUAGAGGUUUUACAUAGUGUGCUACCAAAGAUGUCUUUAAUUGCCUCAGACUUUAGCUACCUACCUGAUGUAAGAAUACUUGGGGAAAGAGCUCCAUUGGUUUCAACCAAGAAAGAUGGCAGCAGCUCAGACUGUAGCAGUUAUCUAGAUGCAAGGGGUGAUGCUGAUAUCUUUUUCCCUACUGACUUUUUGCUUUUGGAACGUAUUGAUCAUUACUGUUCUGGGUGGCUCAAACUGCAGAAAGAUGAAUCAUCCAAGAAAGGGAAGAAGAGGCGGACAAUUAUACUUGAUACAUCUUCGUUCAUGGAAGAGUUUGGAUUGCCUUCAAAGACAAGAACCAAAGACGGGUACAACCCGCUUUUGGAUGACUUCAAGAAUACUAAAUUCUAUCUUAGUGUCCCAACACAUAAUACCAAAUAGACAUACAUCAUUAUCUCUGGUUCACCUCAUUAGCAAUGAAGUGUUUGGUUGAAAAUAUCUUGAGGUGCCAAUUGCUGAGUUUUCUGGGCAUCUAGGAAAUGCGGUGGUUGCAUAUCAGACGGUAGCAUUUUACAGGACAGCGUUUGAAGUGAAAUUGGACGAGGUAGCACAAAUCAAAUCAAAAGAUUGUGCCAGGCGUUAAAGAUGCACCGCCUUGAUGUUAAGAAAAGUUGCAGUUUAUUGCUAAUCUCUGGAGAGAGAUGCAAAUGCGAUGUGGCUUCCUACGCAUGGAUGAAAUAAGAAGGAAAAUAUAGUUUACCAAUCAUAAAACUACUCUGCUGUGAAAAACUGGAAACAUACUCAGAUUUUGAUUUUUUUUUUUUUUGUUCUUUUUUUUUUCCAGUUCUAAAAGAUUAUUUUAUUGUUGUUUCAUACCCUACAUUUAUGAAAUCAUAGAAUAAAGUUGUUAUUUAGCUUUGUUUGAUUUAUACAUUGACAUUUUAAAAUAAUAAAACAAA